AUGAAAAAAAAAUUUCACCCUCUUCGAAAAACUCACCCAUUAAUAAAUUUUUUAAAUAAUUCUUUAAUUGAUUUACCUUCCCCAUCUAACAUUUCAAUUUGGUGAAAUUUUGGUUCACUUUUAGCUUAAUGCUUAAUCACCCAAAUCUUAACUGGAUUAUUUUUAACCAUAUAUUACUAUGCAAAUAUCGAAUUAGCUUUCUAUAGAGUAAAUUAUGUCUGUCGAAAUGUAAAUUAUGGGUGGAUAAUUCGAACCUUACAUGCAAAUGGAGCAUCAUUCUUUUUUAUUUGUAUCUACAUUCAUAUUGGACGAGGAAUUUACUAUGAAUCAUUUAAUUUUAUCAAUACUUGAAUAAUAGGUAUUAUUAUUUUAUUCUUACUAAUAAUAACAGCAUUUAUAGGAUACGUCCUUCCAUGGGGGCAAAUAUCUUUUUGAGGAGCAACAGUUAUUACAAAUCUAUUAUCAGCCAUCCCAUAUUUAGGAAAUUCACUUUUAAAUUGAAUUUGAGGAGGAUUUGCUGUAGACAACCCAACAUUAACUCGAUUUUACACUUUUCAUUUUCUUAUACCAUUUAUUAUUUUAGCAAUAACAAUAAUUCAUUUAUUAUUUUUACAUCAAACAGGAUCCAAUAACCCUUUAGGAAUAAAUAGAAAUUUAGAUAAAAUCCCUUUCCAUCCUUAUUUUACUUUUAAGGAUUUAAUUGGAUUUAUUAUUAUAAUAUUUAUUUUAAUCUUACUGCUAACUGACACUAACUAAUCCUUAUAUAUUAGGAGACCCAGAUAAUUUUAUCCCUGCAAAUCCAUUAGUUACACCAGUCCAUAUUCAACCAGAAUGAUAUUUCUUAUUUGCUUAUGCAAUUCUACGAUCCAUUCCUAAUAAGUUAGGGGGAGUAAUUGCUCUUUUAAUAUCAAUUUUAAUUAUUGCUAUUCUUCCAUUUACUUUUAACAAAAAAAUACAAGGAAUCCAAUUUUACCCUAUCAAUCAAAUUAUUUUUUGAUCCAUAAUUAUUACUAUUAUCCUAUUAACCUGAAUUGGGGCACGACCAGUUGAAACUCCUUAUAUUUUAACAGGACAAAUUCUUACAAUUAUUUACUUUUCAUA